AUGUGCAUUUCUCUUUUUUUUAUUCUCUCUCUCUCUCUCUCUUUCUCUCUCAUUUUGAAAUCUGUGAAAACCUCACUGAUUAAUUUUGAAUUUGAUGCCUUCUCUCUCUCUAAACAUCCCCAGCAAGUUCCCACCACUACUAGCACCAGCACGACUGCCGCACCAACUAGUAGUACCACAACAACUUCUUCUUACAAUGCUCGUUCGGUUGAUGGCUAUCAUCGGAAUCCACUGACUCAUUAUAAGUCAGGACAUUCUAUUAACAACUAUAAUAACAAGGGGUCUCUAAAGUCACCAUACGCUCGCCGUAAACCUCCGCUGCACAGGCACCACAUGUGUAUUUUUGAGACUCUUGCCAAACGGAACAACCGUUUUGCCUCCCCUUUCGUUUUGCCUCCUCUCCCUCAGCGUUUUGCCUCCCCACUAGCGUUUUGCCUCCUCUCCCCCACUAGCGUUUUGCCUCCUCUCCCCUUUCCCACUAGCGUUUUGCCUCCUCUCCCCUUUCCCACUAGCGUUUUGCCUCCUCUCCCCUUUCCCACUAGCGUUUUGCCUCCUCUCCCCUUUCCCACUAGCGUUUUGCCUCCUCUCCCCUUUCCCACUAAUAUUUUGCCUCCUCUCCCCUUUCCCACUAAUAUUUUGCUUUCUAAUACAUUCUAA